GUGGCGCAACACAAACCGUCCGCGCACACAGACCGCGCAGCAGAGAGACGGGAGGACACAGAGCAGGAGGGAGGCGUCCCGCUCCUAAAGCAAACAUAUUUGCAACCUCCAGCACAGACUUCUUAAUAUUUAUCCGGCAUUUAUUCGAUCACAGUUACUCGAUUUCGGAGGUGAUCUGAACAGGACCGUCAAAGCCUCCAGGUCUCCAAGGAUGGACUCCAUACCUACGGGACGAGACACCACUAGCUCUUCGCCAAACUCCAAACAAGAACUUUCCUACCCCAGCACCAACUUGAAACCCAACCAGGUCGGCGAGACGAUUCUGUACGGAAUACCCAUCGUGUCUUUGGUGAUAGAUGGCCAGGAGAGACUUUGCCUUGCGCAGAUAUCAAACACGUUGCUGAAGAAUUACAGCUACAACGAGAUCCAUAACCGACGCGUGGCCCUGGGCAUCACCUGCGUCCAGUGCACCCCGGUGCAGCUGGAGAUCCUGCGGAGAGCCGGGGCGAUGCCAAUCUCUUCCAGGCGCUGCGGGAUGAUCACCAAACGCGAGGCUGAGAGACUCUGUAAGUCGUUUCUGGGAGCGCACUCGCCUCCAAAACUUCCCGAAAAUUUCGCCUUCGACGUGUCUCACGAGUGCGCCUGGGGAAGCCGAGGAAACUUCAUCCCGGCCAGAUACAACAGCUCCAGAGCCAAGUGCAUCAAGUGCUCCUACUGCAACAUGUAUUUCUCCCCGAAUAAAUUUAUAUUUCACUCCCAUCGCACGCCGGAGUCAAAGUACACGCAACCGGAUGCCGCUAAUUUCAACUCCUGGAGGCGACACCUCAAGCUGACAGACAAGAGCAGUCCCUUGGAGAUCAUGCACGCGUGGGAAGACGUGAAGGCCAUGUUCAACGGGGGAAGUCGCAAGAGGACGCUGCCGGGGAGUGGAUCUGGGUCCAACUCUCCUCUAAAACUGCAUGGGCCAAAUCGAUCCCGAGACUCGCCAGAGAUCCCCGCAAAAAUCCUCAGCUGCGAAGACACUCGGGGUGCUAUGACCAGCGCCCGCAGCUACCCGGUCAUUCCGGUGCCCAGUAAAGGCUUCGGGAUGCUACAGAAAAUCCCUCCGCCGCUCUUCCCUCAUCCCUAUGGCUUCCCUGCUUUCGGUCUGUGCCAGAAGAAGGAUGACGGGAUAAUGGGCGAGCAGAGCAAAGCGGGGCUGCCGGGCGUCCUGUGGCCUGGCACCAAGGACAGCGCCUACCCCUCCUUCCCCAUGUUCUGGCCCGCUGCGGGCCCGCUGCCCAUGCCCCCAUACGCACAGACUCCACACAAGCCCCCUCCUGAGCUGCUGUGCCCUAGGCAGACAGAGGUGGACAUUUCCGAAAGCAGCGACCGCAGCACCAACACGUCCAAAGACAGCGUGGUGGACACCGACCGCUGCUCCAGCACCCAGUCCAUACGUAACGAAGACGACAAAUCCGGGGACGAGGGGAGGCCCACGGAGGGAAUGAGCCUCCCGGCGCGGAAACUCAGCUACGUGUCCGCAUUCAGGCCCGUCAUUAAAGACGCCGACUGCAUCGCCAAGCUGUACGGCAGCAGGGGCGCGUACAACGGCUGCCGCACCGGCUACUUAUCGCCUGAUUUUUUAAGCGAGAGCUCCAGCUACCGGUCUGUGUCCCCGUGCGUGGAUAGCGAGGGUGAGCCGGACGUAGACGUGGAGACGAACAGAUCGCCAGAGGAGCAAGAGGAUCCCGGGCCUCGGACUCCUCUUGGUUUGGCGCACAGCGCUUCACCGAAAGACUCAGAGUCCUCAAAGGGCGCAGAGGGAAGCGAGAAUGAGGCGCAGAAAAUGAGCCUGCAGGUGGCCCAGUCCUCUGACAGAGAGCUGCAGAGCAAACAGCUACCAGAGCACCACAUAGCAGCACCUUUCACAGAAGUUUACACACCGGACAGAGCUGAGCUGCAACAAAGGAGCAGCCCGUAUCAAUUCAGACCCACCAAUUACCUGACGGCAGUACUGACUACAAACGACGAGAGCGCAAGUAAGGAAGAGCCGUCUUCCACAGUGGAGGAGAUUGAAACAAAAUCUUUUAAUGGACAAAGCAGCGAGGAGAGCCAGCGAGAGCCGGAUGAGGGCGAGGACGCGGCAGCCAGAGUUGCGCCAUUACGCAGAGAGCUCCAAAGUUUAGCAAAGGAGGAUCUGCAGAAGCAGCUGUUGGAACAAGUCGAGCUGAGGAAAAAGCUAGAACGCGAAUUUCAGAGCUUGAAAGAUAAUUUUCAAGAUCAAAUGAAAAGGGAGCUUUCCUACAGGGAGGAGAUGGUGCAGCAGCUUCACAUCGUUAGAGAAGCUCACGACGCUUUACACCAUUUUUCCUGUAAGAUGUUAACUCCUCGCCACUGCACGGGAUCCUGCACAUUCAAAUCUCCUCUGCUGCCGCCUUGAGUACUGGACAUAUUUAUUUGUAAGGCAGAUGAUGGGUGAAAAGGAUCCACCGCUCGUGUUAAACACCAG